AUGUACGGCGCCGGCGACGUGGAAAGAUGCGAGCGGCGCCACCGCCACGGAGGAGGCGGAGGAGGAGGCGGUGGAGGUCUCGGUGUCCACACUGUCGCCGCCACGGCGGUCGCCACCGGUCACCACAUGCUGAAAGUCCAGGGCUACUCGAGGCUCAAGGCGACGCACGGCGAGAACGGCAGCUACAUCGAGUCCUCUGCGUUCGAGGUCGGAGGUCACACCUGGAGGAUCGUAUGCUACCUCAACGGCAACACCAAGGAGGACGCCGCCGGCUUCGUCUCGCUGUACCUGAAGAACCUCUGCAAUGACUCCGUCGUCGUCCUCGCCGAGUACGAGUUGGCUCUGGUGCGUCACCAAGGCACGCCGCCGGCGACGGCGUACGGUCACCAACAAGGCACGCUGAUCAAGAAGUCGGAGGGCCUGCGCACCUUUGGCGGCGACAACUGCGGCUGGGGUCACCGGAAGUUCAUCAGCGUGAAGGAGCUGGAGCGGUCCAGGUUCCUCAAGGACGACUGCUUCGCCGUCCGGUGCACGGUCACCGUCGUCGAGGAGCGGACCACCGUGGAGGAGAAGGUCGUCGUGCCGGCGCACGACAUGGCGAGGCUGGGCCUGGGGAUGCUCUGCGAGUGCGACGACGACCUGUGCAAGCGCGAUCAUGCCUGCAGGCCUGCCGAGACUAAUUUCUUGGAGAAAUUUGCCAACUUCUGCUAUUCCAUCUGCCGUGGCCCCGUUUGA